AUGCUUGGUGGUCUGGCUGGUGUGGUCGUUAUACGCGUCUAUCGGGAAACCUUGAAGGAGGUGCAUCGUCCCGUCAUAGACGUCCGUCAAACAUUACGGGGCACCUUGAUCAUCCAUCUCACCUCACCUCACCUCACCUCACCUCACCUCACCUCACCUCACCUCACCUCACCUCACCUCACCUCGCCUCACCUCACGGCUGAUUGUUAUCGUCAUCCAGAGACUUUUUGUCAUCUUCAGUCUCUCGAUACUCCCUGUCGACUGCGAGGAUCGCCACUGCCACACGCCAGACGGAUCCCUGAGAAGGUCUGGAGAGCACGCAUCAACCUCCUGCUCCAAACCCACGGUCGGAUGCCGCUGGUGGUCGACUACGACACCUGCCAGCUCCCAUGCCGUCAGACGCCAUUGCAACCCUUCCUUGGGGGCAGUAGUCUUUUAGAUGAGCUGAAGAGAACGCUUACUCUUCAGCGCAUUCCAAGCUGA